CCCAUCUCCUCAAUAUAAUACCGCCCUCCCCGUAUCUUCGAAACCCUAAAUCUCCACACUCCCACUCCCCGCCGCCUCCGCCCUCUGCCGCCGCAGCCGCAGCCAUGGGCGCGUACAAGUUCGUGUCGGAGCUAUGGAGGCGGAAGCAGUCGGACGUGAUGAGGUUCGUGCAGCGCGUGCGUUGCUGGGAGUACAGGCAGCAGCCGGCCAUCGUGCGCAUCACCAGGCCCACCCGCCCCGACAGGGCACGCCGUCUCGGAUUCAAGGCAAAGCAGGGCUAUGUUGUCUACCGGAUCCGUGUCAGGCGUGGUGGCCGGAAGAGGCCCGUGCCCAAGGGUAUUGUUUAUGGUAAGCCCAAGCACCAGGGUAUUACCCAGCUCAAGUUCCAAAGGAACAAGAGGUCUGUUGCUGAGGAAAGAGCUGGGCGCAAGCUUGGUGGUCUUCGUGUGCUCAACUCCUACUGGGUGAAUGAGGAUUCUACCUACAAGUACUUUGAGGUCAUCCUUGUUGAUGUUGCACACAGUGCUGUCCGUAACGACCCAAGGAUCAACUGGCUCUGCAAGCCUGUGCAUAAGCACCGUGAGCUGCGUGGUCUCACUUCAGCUGGAAAGAAGUUCCGUGGUCUGCGUGGCAAGGGUCACCGCCACCACAAGAACAGGCCCUCAAGGAGAGCCACUUGGAAGAGGAACCAGACUGUCUCCCUUCGCCGCUACCGUUAAGCUUUGUGCUGUUGUGUUAUGUGGAACCUGUCCUAUGCUCACCUUGAUAAUAUCUGUUCUAGUCCAAUUUUUUGUUACCUUCGUUGUGAGACUCGAUCUCCAGGCAUGUCUGUUAAACUAUUUGCUAUAUGUCUGUAUUACCUGAAAACUGAAUGAUCGAGUAUUCCUCA